AAGAAGAAGAAGACGAAGAAAAAAUGGGUGUUCUGGAUCAUCUGUCUGAUAUGUUUGAUUGCACUAGUGGCGAUUUCAAGCACAGAAAUCGCAAGCAAUUCCAGACGGUGGAACUAAAGGUGAAGAUAGACUGCGAAGGAUGCGAAAGAAGGGUGAGAAGGGCCCUGGAAGGAAUGAAGGGUGUGAGUUCAGUGGUCAUAGAGCCCAGGCAACACAAAGUCACAGUCGUUGGAUAUGUGGAACCCCAAAAGGUGGUGUCCCGCGUGACUCAUCGAACGGGCAAGAAGGUGGAGCUGUGGCCUUAUGUUCCAUACGACCUCGUAGCACAUCCCUACGCAGCUGGGGUUUACGAUAGGAAGGCGCCAGCUGGGUAUGUCCGAUACUCAGAGGACCCACGUGCUUCUCAGCUGGGACGUGCAAGUUCCACUGAAGUUCGGUACACCACUGCCUUCAGUGAUGAAAACACCACUGCAUGUGCUGUUAUGUGAUCGUAAGGCAGGCAAGCAUAUAGUAUGAUACAUUUUGUGGAAGAAAUGAAAAGUGUAAUACAUUAGUAAAGACCAAAACCCUAGGCCUUCUAUCACCUGCCUAGUUAUAGAUUGUUUUGUAUUUGUAACCUUUAUUUGUGUGUGUGUGUGUGUAUGUUUUUUUACCAGCUCAUUUGUAAGACAGUGUCAAACUCUCAUGAUGAUUGAUGUGGUGUGUUGAAUCUAGUUAUAUGAUUGCUAUACUUUUGUUAAUCUCUUGUACAAAGAAGAUGGACAUGAUCCUUGGGAUAAUCAAUAGGUUGUGUCACGUUUGAGAAGUUGCGAGUUAUGCCACAAUAGAAUUUGCCUAAUUCAUAUUCGGUCCAUUUAUGU